CCGCCGCCGCCCCGUAGGUCGGGCUCCACGCUGCCGGCUGCCAUGGCGGACGUGUCCGAGAGAACGCUGCAGCUGUCUGUGCUGGUGGCUUUCGCGUCCGGAGUGCUCGUGGGCUGGCAGGCGAACCGGCUGCGGAGGCGCUACCUGGACUGGAGGAAGCGGAGGCUGCAGGACAAGCUGGCGACGACUCAGAAAAAGCUGGACCUGGCCUGAGACCCCGCGCUGUCGGCGCCCUCCUCGCCUCGCCCACGCGGGGGCUCAGGCCGGCUUCACACUCACCGCCUGCAGCGCCUUGUUCUUUUUGGAGAGUUGUUUUGCUUUUCUAGUUCAGUCCACUGCGCGAACUGCCUUUAGUGGGAAUGCCUUACCAUGUGCAACAUUGUUGCACCUUGGCGUUAACCUUCAAAAAGGGAAAUCCUGGAAAGAAGGAAAAGAAGAAAGAAAAGGGACCGUGGAGCUGUUUGUCGAAGAUGGAUAUAGAGCACUGGACGGAUCUAAUUUCUCCUUGCACUUUAUGAGUCAAUUUUCAAAAUAAAAAAAUUUUAAACAUC